UUAAUGUCCUCAGAGAGAUACCAGUCGGUCGAGUUCAAGACCAUCGACGGCAUCACCCUUCGAGGGUGGUGGUAUACCGUACCCGGUCCGUCCCCAGCCAUUGUGAUGACACAUGGAUGGAAUUGCGUAAAGAACAUGCUCUUACCGGAUGUCGCCGAGAGGUUCCAAUAUCUAGGAUACAACGUUCUCCUCUACGAUGCACGAACCGUCGGAGCCAGCGAUGGUGAGCCCCGAAAUCAACCCAGUCCAUACCAGAUGGCCGAAGAUAUCUCCGACGCUGUCAGCUAUGUCUCCUCUCUGCCCUCCGUGUCCACCGACCAAAUCAUUCUCUGGGGCAUGUCCUACGGUGCGUCCGUCAGCGCCUGCGCUGCAGCCGUAGACCGCCGCCCCAAAGCCCUCGUCAUGAUAUGCCCGGUGUUCAGCUACGUCCGAGGCGACCGGCGCGAGCGCGCCUUUGCCCAGCUCAUGCGUGACCGCAGUUCCCAGCUUCAGGGCAAUCCGCCAAUGUCACUGCAGCCGUUCAACGCCCGAGGCGACAAUCUCAUCGGAAUGGCCGGCGCUGGGGGUCCGGGGGGGUUGGAGGCCGCGCAGCUCAUGCAGACGGCCGAGGAGCGCGGCUAUCCGGCGUUUCGAAGCCGCAUCACCCUGCAGGCCUACCACAAACUAGCCUUGUUUCGGCCCAAGGAGAUCAUGGCUGGUAUUGAGGGUGUGCCCGUGUUAAUGGUGAUUCCCGAAUGUGAUGAUAUUUCCAGCCCCGACGAGCAGCAGGCUGCGUUCGACCUCAUAAAAGGCACGCCAAAACGGGUGUAUGUGGCCGGAGGUAUGGGUCAUUUGUCCAUUCUGACGGCCAAAGGAUCAGAAGUCGUGAUGCAGGUCACGCUAGACUUUGUAAAGGCAGCUCUGGAGGGGAAGAUCACAUAAUGCUGCAUUUCCG